GCAGGGGACCGGCUCUAGAGACACCAGAAGGGGGGUCCCGUCAGGAGAGUCUGGGGGUGUCUGCGCCAAAUCCGCUUCAGGGAUGUAGUCGAAGCGGCUCCGAGCUCAGCCCGCCCGAGCUCAUCAUCACCAUGAAGAAACACUCCGCCAGGGUCGCCCCGCUGUCCGCCUGCAACAGUCCGGUGCUCACCCUCACCAAAGUGGAAGGAGAAGACCGCAUCAGGGAGAAUGUGGUGGGCACUGCGGAGGCACAGUCGACCAGUGGCGCGGCGGGAGCAGAGUCCGGCUCCAAAAGACGGAAGCUCCACUGUUGCAUCAGAGUCACAACUGUGCAGGUGCGGAAGGCCCUGUGGGGAGUCGUCAUGGUGAUGUGUGUGUGCUCAUCCUGGGCAGGCUCCACCCAGCUGGCCAAGCUGACCUUUAAGCAGUUUGACGCCCCCUUCACCCUCACCUGGUUCGCCACCACCUGGAACUGCCUCUUCUUCCCCCUCUAUUACAUCGGCCACUUGUGCAAGAGUCCAGAGAGGCAGACGCCCAGACAGAGAUUCAGGGAGUGCUGCAGGUUUUUCGGGGACGACGGGCUGACCCCCAAGGUGUUUUUCACCAAGGUAGCUCCCUUUGGCCUCCUGUGGAUCCUCACCAACUACCUGUACCUGCAGGCCCUCAGGAAGAUCAACACAACAGACGCGUCGGCGCUCUUCUGUUGUAACAAGGCCUUCGUCUUCCUGCUCUCCUGGAUUGUACUCAGAGAUCGCUUCAUGGGCGUCAGGAUAGUAGCUGCUAUCUUGGCCAUAGCAGGCAUCGUGAUGAUGACCUAUGCCGAUGGAUUCCACAGUCACUCAGUCAUCGGCAUUACGUUUGUUGUGGCCUCUGCAUCUAUGUCAGCACUCUACAAGGUGCUCUUCAAGAUGGUCCUGGGCAGUGCCAAAUUUGGAGAGGCCGCACUCUUUCUGAGCAUCGUUGGGAGCGCCAACUUUGUCUUCAUCAGCUUCGUGCCAGUCAUCCUGUAUUUCACACACGUGGAAUACAUCGGCUCGCCUGAAAACAUCCCCUGGGCCUACCUCUGUGGGGUCGCAGGCCUGCUUUUUGCUUUCAACAUCCUGGUGAACUUUGGCAUUGCGAUAACGUACCCAACAUUAAUCUCACUUGGCAUCGUCCUAAGUGUUCCUGUAAAUGCCAUGGUGGACCUCUACACAUGUGAAAUCCAUUUCAACACGGUGCGCCUCAUCGCUGUGUUCAUCAUCUGCCUGGGCUUCCUCAUGCUGCUGUUACCAGAGGACUGGGACCAGUGCAUCAUCCAGCUCAGCACCAAGCUGCGCAAACGUGACGAGCCGACAGAGGGCAGCACCGAGGCGGGUGCCACAACAGGGCUCAACUGGAGAGGGAGAGCCAGGACCUCCACCUUUACACAUUGA